AUGAGUAGCAGCGAAACGCGUCAGUUUGGGGACCUCGCAACCCAGCUUGUCCUCGAGUCGCGUCGUUCAACCGCGACAGACACCCUUUUCAAAUACAAUGAUCCUCUAGUCCGUUCAAUCGUCCGGGAACAGCGCGAUCUUGAAAAAAUCGCGGACGAAAAACUUCCCGAUCCGGGCUACGAAGGUUCCAUCAAUGGAAUCUCUCCCACUGCCCUCAUCUAUGUGACCGCCAUAAACCGCAACAAACGAUGUCUUCUGGCAUACCAUACGCACCGAAUGGAUCGUCUUCGAGACAUGUAUUGGGCGUGUGGAGGUGCGCUGCCCCAUCUUCUGGGAAACGCGGAGUUGAGGGCGAAGAUGAGUCCGAGCGAGGUAGACUUCUUGAGGGAGUACAAUGCGAGCAUCAUGGAGUAUAGAAGUGACUUUUCGAAUGAGCUGGACAUCACGGCUGGCAUCGAGGUUCCACCGAAAGAUUUGCAUGCGCUGGUGAGGGUUGUAAAGGAUUGUGGCGUCAUCCAAACGGAGUUGGGGACCAUUGACUUCAAGAAAGGGCAGAGGUUCAUGGUGAGGCGAUCAGAUAUCGAGCAUCUCAUCGUGCAAGGGUAUCUUGAAGAGUUGUAGCCUUUCAUCCUUUGGUUUCGCCAGUUUCUAUCUCUCCAUAGCGGGGAUUCUCUUGUAUGUCCGUGUCAGUUCUUGUCUCUAGGAUGUAUACUAUGCUCUGUAUCGUUGUUUUCAGAGCCC